AUGGUUCGCUGUUACGCGCAAUUCCUGGUCUUAAUCCCAGCGAGCACCGCAACACUGCUAUUCUCGCAGCAAACGCUUGAUGGAAAUAACAUCCUCAAACACAAUGGCGCAUUGGGACCGUAUGUGGACCGCACCAACUACGGGAUCAAUCGCGACCCUCCGGCAGGCUGUUCAGUUGACCAGGUGGUCAUGAUCAAACGCCACGGGGAGCGAUACCCUCUCGCAAGCGAAGGACAAAAGAUAGAAAAGGCCCUGCGAAAGGUCAAGAAGGCUGUUCUGGACGAGCCUCACGCCGAUGGUGAUCUGAACUUUGUCAAGAAUUGGACUUACUUCGUCCCUUCCAUUUGCUACUAUGACAAGGAAACCACCACUGGACCGUACAACGGUCUUCAGGACGCCUAUAAGCACGGCAUGGACGCGCGCAAUCGAUACGGCCACCUCUGGGACGAAGAGACGAUUGUGCCUCUGUUCGCUAGUGACACCGGCCGUGUCGUGGACACGGCUCGAAUGUUCGGGGAGGGGUUCUUCGGUGCUGACGAGUAUAAGACGAAAGCGGCUAUCAAUAUCAUCUCCGAAUCGGCUCGUUCAGGGCGCGAAUGCCCUAUCGCGUACAUGUCAUGCUCGCGACCACCCUGCGCAGCGCAUAUGCGAUGCAUGGCCGCAGUCAUUGCCCCAGCUUGA